AUUCAUGUAGACGGAGAGAGAGAGGGGGAGAUUGCAGCGUGUUUGUAGAGAUAUAUUCUGUUUGAAAACUUGGGUUGAACAAGAUUUAAUGUCUAAAUAGUUGAGAGUAUUUCCUCGUUUCUUUGUGUUUUGCUCAAUUUUUGAUACCUGGAGUGUUUGGAGGAAACAUUUCAGCUGCAAGGAGACAGAAGGAGCUUUACAAAAUCCUUCACGAGUGACUUUUAUUCGGAAAGGAGAGCACAAGAAAUCUCUAAAGUCUUUGAUCAAGCUUUGGAAAUCUGAUCUGGACUUUUACGGACUUUUACGCACGAAGGCUGAGCUCAAGCGCGUGUGGACGGGGCGCUGCGUCGCGCAACAGUGGGCGACAUUUUACAUACGAUCAUAAAGAAGACAACAAAGUGACGAAUUUCGACGAAUACGCUGAAGAGAAUCUGAUUUUGAGAGCUAAACCGGGAGUUUCACGGUGAAAAUCGGGGAGUUUGAGUAUCCUUGGGCGCACUGUGGCGCACAAAUGGUGUUUCUGUGGGACGCCAAAUACGACCCAGCCCCCGGCCGGCGUUACACCCCUCCCUCCACCACCCUCGCCUCAGGGGGGAAGAUGGCCGAGGCCCUGCCGCUGGGCACCCAGGAGGCCGGAGGCGGGGCCUCUCUGGUGGGAAAACUACGCAUGGCCGACCGCGGCAUGGUGGAGGUGAUCUCAGAUCAUCCAGGUGAGCUGAUGAAGACUGACAGCCCAAACUUCCUGUGCUCGGUGCUGCCCACACACUGGAGGUGUAACAAGACUCUGCCCAUCGCGUUCAAGGUGGUUGCAUUGGGCGACAUCCCCGAUGGCACUCUUGUGACAGUGAUGGCGGGAAAUGACGAGAACUAUUCAGCUGAGCUUCGAAACGCAACGGCUGCCAUCAAGAAUCAAGUGGCCAGAUUCAACGACCUGCGCUUUGUUGGCCGCAGUGGACGAGGGAAGAGUUUCACUCUGACCAUCACAGUGUUCACCAACCCCCCUCAGGUGGCCACGUACCAGAGAGCCAUCAAGAUUACAGUGGACGGUCCCAGAGAGCCACGACGUCAUCGCCAGAAAAUGGACGAGGUCAAACCCGGCACGCUGGCGUUCUCUGAGAGGCUAACAGAGCUGGAACAUCUAAGGCGGAGCUCGAUGAGGGUGACGCCUUCUCACCACCACCAUCACCACCAAGUGUCCGCCAACAGUCGCCAAACUGCGGCGCUCAACUCCGCCUCCUUCUCCAGCCCGACACACAGUCAGAUAACCGCAGAUUCCAGACAGAUGCAGUCCUCUCCAUCUUGGUCCUAUGACCAAUCGUAUCCCUACCUUGGUCAGUUAACCACGCCCACCGUCCACACAGCCAAUCCCCUUUCGCCUGGUCGGUCCUCGCUCAGUGACCUCUCCUCAAGGCUCACAGGUCCUGACCUCACAGCCUUCGGCGACCCCAGGAUGACCCUAGAACGACCUUUCACCUCCCUCCCCUCCUUGCCUGACUCCCGCUUCUCCGAUCCUCGUGUCCACUACCCGCCAACAGCAGCCGCCUUCACCUACACCCCCUCUCACAACCCGGUCUCCAACGGCGCUCUUGGCAUCACGAUGGCAACUGCAAUGGCAACCACUCCAGCGGGGAGGUACCACACAUACCUGCCCCCUCCUUACCCAGCGAACACCCCCCACCAGGCUCAGAAUGGUCCCUUCCAGUCCACCUCCUCGCCGUAUCACCUGUACUACUCCACCGCCGCCGGGUCGUACCAGUUCUCCAUGAUGGCGGGGGGAGGCGGCAGCGGGGAAUCACGCUCCCCGCCGAGGAUCCUGCCACCGUGCACCAACGCCUCCACAGGCUCCUCCCUCCUGCACCCUUCUCUGCCCAAUCAGAAUGAAGGAGUAGGGGUGGAGGUGGAGUCCAGCCAUAGUAGCUCGCCGACAAAUAUGGCGGCUGCUGAAGCUGUUUGGAGACCUUACUGAACACGCAGCAGAGGAUGCACUCAUAGGGCAGGUACCUGGUCAUGUGAUGGGGAAUACCACUGAACAUGAAAAGAGUCAGUCUUUGAAACAGUCUUUGAACACAUCAUGACCACUCACAAUUAUGCUAGUUAAAGAAUAAAGGCAGUGUGGUUUUUUUUACCCAAGUGUUACUCUGUCUCUUGGGUCUUCCCUUUCAAUAUGGCGCCUGCCUUCUCUCCAGAAACCAGUGGGUGACAUCACUAAGCCUACGUCCAUGUUUCAUCCAAUCUAAGACGAAGCCUUUUCACUUUUCAUUUAAAGAGUUUUGGUUCUACUUUUCUGUCAUGACAUGACCAGGAGCCUGAUGAGUUCAACAAGUUGUAUCCACUGACAAAAUAUGUUGGCUUAUUGAAUAAAAGACAAAGAGUGACUGACGGGGGCAUCAGCCAACAGAACGCAGGGAUUUGAAAGACCUCCAGAGAAAUCUUCUGCUAAUGAAGGAUCUAACUAUGAACAUGAACGCAGAGAAGCAGGGUAAUAUUUUGGUUUUACACUGACAAAGCGCAUGCAGCGGCACUGGACUGAUCUCCAAUCAGCAUCCUUUGUAAAAUAACUUCCUCACAGAUGUUGUUGGUGUUGUGAAUAGAUGAUUUUGCUCAUGCCAAAUAUUGUGUUCCACCCUCCGAAAUUUACAGAAAAAAAAAGGAUCUAAUUUCAACGUCUCCAUGGUUCCAGUGGUGAUGCCAAUGACGAUGCUCAAAUUGAAAGAUUGUCUUCCAUCAGCAACUUUAUCCCAAGAUGAUGUUUCCUGACUUAAAGUUGCUCUCUGUUGAAUUUUGACUUUUUUAUUUUUGCAGCAUGAUACUUUAAUUUAUUCUUACAAUACAAGUUUAAGUAGACACGUGUGUGUGUGACGGACAGAGUGUGUGUGUGCUGUAUAUAAAAAUGGCUGUAAAUGACACCUGUAUCUGAGCAUCUUUUCAUCAGGCCUUCCUCACAAACACACACACACAGACAUCCACACAGACACACACGCUGCAGUGUUGUUGGUGCACAUUUGGUUUUCAUUUCUAUAAAUAUUCUUGUGAAAAAAAAUACAACUUUUGCCCUGUG